AAAUAAAAAAAUCUACCCUGUUGCUUGUUCUUGUCCUCGAAUCGAAUCCGAGCGCGGGUGUCGCAACCCUCCCGCCGCUAUCUCCUUGUAGCAAUCUCGUCCGUGAGCACGCCCCGAGGCGAUGCGGUAGAAGUAGGUGGUGGAGGCCUGGAGGGUGGUGCAUGGUGCUGCUGCUGCUGUUGUAAUCUCGGCUGAAGCUACUUGUUGGCUUCCUCUCCUCCGCCGAAGCCCCGAAGUGGCAUGCGCCGAGCUGCUUCCCCUUGUUUUAUGUGACGCUGAUGGCCUCCACUUCCUUUCUCUUCUCCACUCCCCAAGCUCAUGCCUCAACGGACCGCCCUAACUCCAUCUCUACUACUUCUACUACAUCCUCUUCCUCCUCCUUUAUUAAUACCAACUCCCCAUCUGCUCCUCAAUCUUCCCUCUUCCUCUUGCCUUCCCAACAGCACUCCUACUGCCAGCAGCAGGAAGAGGAGCUGCUGCAACUACUGCUCUUCCAGCACCAGCAGGAGCAAGCCAAGAUGGUGAGGAAGCGCCUCGCGUCCGAGCUCGACUUGCAGCCUGACGACGCUUCUUGUGCGCCCUCUCGCCUCCCUCGGCGUUCUCCUUCCGCCGCUUCUUCAUCCGCGAACCCUCCUCCGCUCUUGGGGCAGUCGUCCCCUCUUCUCCUUCCGUCUCCCGUCGAUGCCACUUCCGUCCUGUUGCCUAGCAGCACUAGCUCGAUUCUUCCAUCUUUGUUGAAUCCUUCGCCGCUUAUGCCACUGCCGCUUCCACUACCACUGCCAGUGUGUGGUUUCUCUGGUUUACCGCUGUUUCCUCCGGAGAAUGAUCGGAUUGCUUUGCCGGCUUCAGAGACGGCGGCUGGACGCCAGUUUGCUUCUUCUUCGGCCGUUGGAGGAGGGGGCGGCGGGGUCGAUGAUGCCGGGGCUAGCACAGCUUUUGUGGACGGGAUCAUUCGGGAUAUUAUUAGUAGCUCCGCCGCCGGAGGGGAGGUUUCUAUACCUUUGAUAGUUCAGAGUGUCCGUGAGAUCGUGCACCCUUGUAACCCAAGCUUAGCAGCUUUGCUGGAGUUCCGGCUUAGAUCGCUUCAACCGCCGGCUCCGCCAUUGCCGUCUCUUCCGGCCACCUCGCAGUCGGCUCAUCAGCGGAGGAUGGACGCGAGGGAGGCUCUCCCAGUUACGGAGAUUGCCUCGCCGUCGCUAAAGCGGGGGAACCCCGCACCGCCCCCGUUCGCGUUCCCCGCGGUGGCUACUAGCAGCGCUGGAUCGGAAAAGCUGCAACCUGCACCGCUGCCUCAACAGCAACCACAACUACAACCGCAACCGAGCUCCACGUCGAUUUCGUCCGAUGAGGCUACGGCGGCGACGGCUGCUGCUGCUACUACUUCAGCGGCAUUGGCGGCGAGGGAAAAGAAGGUAGAAAUGGAGAAGAGGAAGCGGGACGAGGAGGGGCUACACCUGCUGACGCUGCUUCUCCAGUGUGCGGAGGCGGUGUCAGCUGACAACCUGGAGGAGGCAAACCGCCUGCUCCUCGAAAUCUCCGAGCUCUCGACUCCCUUCGGCACUUCAGCGCAACGCGUGGCGGCCUACUUCUCGGAGGCCAUGUCAGCGCGGCUAGUUAGCUCCUGCCUCGGCCUCUACGCCCCUCUCUCCACCGUGCCUCAUCGCCACCGCCUCGCUGCCGCCUUCCAGGUCUUCAACGGAAUCAGCCCCUUCGUCAAGUUCUCCCACUUCACCGCCAACCAAGCCAUCCAGGAAGCGUUCGAGCGCGAGGACCGCGUGCAUAUCAUCGACUUCGACAUCAUGCAAGGUCUCCAGUGGCCGGGCCUCUUUCACAUCCUCGCCUCCCGCCCCGGUGGCCCACCUCGGGUGCGCCUGACUGGCCUUGGUUCCUCCAUGGACGCUCUCGAGGCUACCGGCAAGCGCCUCUCCGACUUCGCCGAUACCCUCGGACUCCCCUUCGAGUUCGUCCCCCUUGCCGAGAAGGCGGGCAACCUCGACCCGGAACGCCUCGGCGUCUCCCGCUGCGAGGCCAUCGCGGUGCACUGGCUCCACCACUCACUCUACGACGUCACAGGCUCCGACACCAACACCCUCUGGCUUCUGCAGAGGUUGUCACCGAAGGUGGUGACGAUGGUGGAGCAGGACCUGAGCCAAUCGGGCUCGUUCUUGGCCCGCUUCGUGGAGGCGAUCCACUACUACUCCGCCCUCUUCGAUUCGCUUGGCGCCAGCUACAGCGAGGACAGCCAUGAGCGGCAUAUCGUGGAGCAGCAGCUGCUCUCGCGAGAAAUCCGCAACGUGCUCGCCGUCGGCGGCCCAGCGCGCACUGGCGAGGUCAAGUUCAGUAACUGGAGGGAGAAGCUGAGCCAGUCUGGCUUCUGCGGCGUCUCCCUCUCCGGCAACGCCGCCGCCCAGGCUACUCUCCUCCUCGGCAUGUUCCCCUCCGACGGCUACACCCUGGUGGAGGAGAACGGCACGCUCAAGCUCGGGUGGAAGGACCUCUGCCUCCUCACUGCCUCCGCCUGGAGGCCCAUAAAUCACACCCUUGUCGGAGCCACGCGGUAGCAAAGCUCAAUUCCUGUUACAAAAAACACCUGAUCCUUUUCGUCGUCUUCAAUUCCUGUGCGCAUGAUGCUUGAUGUGUUGCCUAACGAGCAAAAGUUGGCCAUUGCCGUGGAACGCUUUGGACGAGGUGUGCGUGGCAGCGACGCGGCCUCUGCCUCGACAAGGCCAUUGCUGGCAGCGUAGGGUCCUUUUCCAUCGCACUGCAACUCUGUACCCUCCCUGAGACUUUCGCUCCCUCACUCAACUCAUUUCGAUUGCUUAAUGGUUGAAGGAAUCGAGUAAUCUGUGUAGCAAUGAAUUCUCGAUUUUCUAGAGAUUUGGGAUGCAGCUUUUA